GAAUCCAUAAUCAUGAAGCAUCAGCUUAACCCACUGAGUUAGCUGGGCUGGCUCACAGUGACCACUAGGACGACGCUAGCAAGCUAACAAGGGGUGGUAUCAAGCACGGUUUCUGAAGUAACUAGUUAGCUAGCCACACUAGCAAGCUUCAGUAUAUCGGCUGAACAUCAUCAUCCUCAUCCUUCAAGUAGCUGCAGGCCGCGAGGGUUCACGUUUUAAGCCGCACGCAUUGAGUGAGCUUGUUGGCUAGCUCAUUGGACAGUUUGUAGCUCAGAAACGAGCGUUAGCUAACUGUUAUUGGAGUCGUCCACGAUAAGUUGAAAAGAGAAAGGGCUUACGACAAAAUGAAAGGUGAAGGAAUAGAAGGCACGGAUAGGUUUUUGAGCCCUGGGAAAGGUCGAGGACUAAAAGCCCUGAAACAUUUCAAAGUAGGAGACCUCGUGUUCUCCUGUCCAGCUUACGCAUACGUCUUGACAGUGAAUGAGAGAGGUGCCCACUGCGAAUUCUGCUUCACGAGACAAGAGGGCCUGUCCAAGUGUGGAAAAUGCAAACAGGCGUUUUACUGCAAUGUGGAUUGCCAGAGAAGCGAUUGGCCCAUGCACAAGCUGGAGUGCUCAGCUAUGUGCGCCUACGGCGAGAACUGGUGCCCCUCGGAGACGGUCAGGCUGGUGGCCAGAAUCAUUGUGAAACAGAAACUGCAAAAAGACAGGACUCUGUCUGAGCGAUUGUUAGCACUGAGCGAGUUUGAGUCACACCUCGACAAGCUUGACAAUGAGAAGAACGAGAUGAAUGAAGCCGACAUCGCCGCACUUCAUCAUUUUUACUCCAGACACCUAGAAUUCCCCGACAAGGCCACUCUCAAUGAGCUUUUUGCUGGGGUUAACAACAAUGGGUUCACAAUUGAAGAUGAAGAGUUGUCUCACUUAGGCUCCGCAGUAUUUCCAGAUGUUGCUCUGAUGAACCACAGCUGUAGCCCCAAUGUCAUUGUGACCUACAAAGGGACAACAGCAGACGUUAGGGCAGUGCAGGACAUUAGUCCUGGGGAAGAGAUUUUCAACAGCUAUAUCGACCUGCUUUAUCCAACCGAUGAUCGGAAUGAAAGGUUGAUUGAUUCCUACUUCUUCGAGUGUGACUGUAAGGAGUGCACCACAAAGUCCAAGGAUAAGGCCAAGAUGGAGAUCCGGAAGAACUUGAGCUCGCCCCCAGAGCCGGAGGAAAUCAGAGAAAUGGUGAGGUAUGCCAAGAACGUCAUUGAGGAGUUCCGGAGAGCAAAGCAUUACAAGACCCCAAAUGAACUGUUGGAAAUCUGUGAAUUGAGUCUGGAGAAGAUGGGCGCCAUCUUUGGAGACACAAAUGUGUAUAUGCUUCACAUGAUGUACCAAGCCAUGGGAGUAUGCCUCUACCUGCAAGACUGGGACGGAGCCAUGAAAUAUGGGGAAAAGAUCACAAAGCCAUACAGCGUGCACUAUCCUCAAUAUUCUCUGAACACAGCCUCAAUGUACCUGAAGCUAGGUAGACUAUAUUUAGGGCUGGAAAAGAAGUCACUUGGAGUCAAGGCUUUAAAAAAGGCACUGGCCAUAAUGGAAAUUGCUCAUGGCAAAGAUCACCAUUACGUAGCCGAGGUCAAGAAAGAGAUGGAGGAAUAGAAGAGAGACGAGUGGAGGAGAGCCUGACCACCCUGUCGUUUUGCACCAACAAAGCUGCAUGGCAUGCAUCUUAUACCUCUACUUCAGUCCCUACAACCAAGCGAUGUCAGAACAAUCUUCAACUCUUUCUAAUAAAUGUUACACGUGGACAAUUGUGGUGGGGCACACUUGUCAGCAUUGCAAGUUACACACCUGUGUCUCUCCAUCUUUUUGUGGAUUUAUUAAGUGUUUGCUACAGCACCUUGUCUGAAGGAUAUUCUGCACUAGGCCUAAAACAACAAGGGCUUUUUCUUUUCUUUUUUAAAAAAGACAACAAAACAUAAAAUUCAUCACAUUUUUAACAAUACUGUUAAAUGGAUCUGUCUGUCCUCUUGCCUAUUGUAGCAAUGGAAGGGAAACACAAAACACUAUUGUGAAUCAGAACAAGAUAAGAAUGUAUAUUGUUUUCAGUAUUGCCAGUUGAUAAAAUCAAAGAUUUUGCAUGAUUUAUUUUGCACAGACCACAUGCAUUACGGUAAUGCAUAAAAUUCAGUGGAAUUGUCUUGAUUAUCUGUGAUUAUUUUUUUUUUUUUUUUCUUUCUCCAAUAGACCACACUUUGGAAGCCUACUCUUAAUACUCUUAAGUCUCAUUUUCAUAAAUGUUGUCUCUGGUUUGUUGUUUCCUGACAUGUGGCAUGGGCCAUACUGGAAUGCAAAAAAAAAAAAAAGUCUGAAAAAAUAUGUGUACCGUUAUUGCAUAAAACUUGCAAAAAUAAACUUCAAAUGCAAUUUC